GAACCCCAAACAGGCCCUAAGAAAGAGUUACUAUAUCUAAAAAGUCUUUCAUCUCUCAAUCUCAAUCGCAAUCGCAAAAUUAGGGCUACGAAAUUGGGGGUUUCGUAAGGAGUCGAAGUAUUGAAGGAGUGAAGCGUUCUUGAAGCAGCGGCAGAUUUCACCGAAUUGAAGAAAAAGAUAAAGAUGUGGCGUGGUUCAGAGGGCUGUGUAAUUCCUAAGCCUGAGAAAUUCGUUGAGGGCUGUGGAAUUCCAAAGCCUGAGAGAUUCAUUGAGGACUCUGCAAUUCCAAAGCCUGAGAAAUUCCUAAUUCCUAAGCCUGAGAAAUUCCCAACUCCAAAGCCUGAGAAAUUUGGGGGCUGUCCAAUUCCCGAGCCUCAGAAAUUUGUUAUUCCUAAGCCUGAGAAAUUUGAAUGCACGGAGGGCUGUGCAAUUCCUAAGCCUGAUAAAUUUGCUUGGCGGCAAGAAUGCCGGUUGUGCCAUUCAAUUCCUAAGCCUGAGAAAUUUGUUUCGCAAGAAAGCACGGAAAUCUGCAAAAUUCUUAAGAAUCACUCUGAAACCGUCCAACGAAUUGAGCGAAUGAAACAUGAACUCAUGUUACAACAGUUGGCUGUAGUUGAUAUCGCGAAGGAAGUGAGAAAGAGGCUUUUGAGGGACGGAGCUGACGUGCCGGAGAGGUUGAGUAGAAUUGCUGACAAGCAAGUGAGAAAGAGGGUUUUGAGGGAUGGAGUUGACGUGCCAGAGAGGUUGAGUAGAAUUGCUGACAAAACAGUGAAGCGAGAAGGAUGAAGGAUAGGGGGUUAUGUGCUGAGGUUGGUUAAGAGGCUCUCAUUCAUUCCUUUUUCACAUCCAAGGAUGUCUUGCUGCCGCUACUCUUCAGUUCUCAGUUGAGGCAGUGUUAAGGUUACUGUAGAGGUAUCGAUUUCUAGGUUUGGUUGUAAAUCAAUAGUUCAAACCUACACUCAUAGGUAGGCAUUUCCCAUUUUUAUAGGAACUUCUAAUAUAUAAUUGAUACCUCUUUUUGUGGAGGCUUCAUUUUAUUAUUUUGGUUGGUCUUUUAUGUCAGUUAUGUGGUGUAUCCAUUUUUUUUGCGUUUAAAGUUUUGUUGGGUAUCAAUAAGAAAUGUUCUAGUUAAAAUUA